AUGUGCCAAACACCCACAGGCUGUGAAGACAGAUCCUGCUCAUCUGCACGAAUUGACCCUGUGUUCGUCGACACGGAAGAAGACUUGAAGGAUGAAAUCAUCCGACCGAGCCCUUCUCUUUACCCUGUGGCGGCGCCGCCCUCUUACAGCCCAGUGGCUGACUUCUUCCCGAUUCAGUCGCCCCCGUCUGAGCCAUACUCCUACCACUUGUCCUCCCUGGAUGAGGUGGACUUGUACACUGAACGGGGUUUGGGUGGUCACCAGACGCCCUCUAGGCCACAGAGCCGGGAGCCUCGAGAGUCCCGGGACAGUUGGGUUCUGAAGGGACAUGUGAUGAAGUGCCAGGGCUGCGGCAUGGGCUGUCCUUCACUUUCCUCUUGCCAGAGGUGCGACAUGAUCUUGUGUUCGUCCUGCCAUGCAGUGGAACCGGCGCCUUGUUGCGGCUUCCAGGAUUACACUAAAACUUCCCGCCCUUUGGAUGGCUACAUGCCCAUCAAGGAGAAGUUGUCGGUCUACUCCAACGCUCACUCGCACACUCACCCUCACCCGUUUCCCCACGCUCAGUCCCACUCGCUGUUGCUGGACAAAGCUGUGAUGAGCACCAAGCUGUUUCCCAGUAAACCCGUGGGUUCGGGCAGCAGUCCGGUGGUCAGCUCCAUCAGCAGUGGGGGUGAGCGGCUGAGUGUGGGCGGCUCCCGCUGUGGCUUUUGCAACAAGCCAGGGGCCUCUCACACCUGUGUGAACUGCUCCAAGGUGUCAUGUGAGAUGUGCAUGAGCCUUUACGGCAGUGAUGUGUGCACCCGCAAAAAUCCUCAUCAUAACUUUGUGCCCAAUCAUCAGCUCAAUUUCAAGUCCAGCACCAUAUCCCACCUCGUGUAUCGAUAGACCAGGAACACAGCUGUGCACUACACCUCUGUUGAUCUUUUUAUCUCUGCUUUUUCCACCCUUGUUUUUUUUGUUAACCUUUUCCUGCUUCCUUUCUCAGUUGGCAGUUGUUUGGUUUUGGUCAUGUGAUCUUGCAGUGCAUUUCCUGUCCCUCAGUAGCUCUACUUUAUCAAGGGAAAAAAAACUGUUUGACCGGAGAAUUCCAUUCAGUAUCAAUGCUUGUUAACGUGAAAAAUAACCAUGCAGCACAUAGAAACUGUGAAUGUUUUGCACAGACUUAACCCUGGAACUGAAUCGAGUAAGUUGGAACUUCUCAAACUUGAACAAAAGAAAAAAUAAAUAAAUAAAUUACACUGGAAGUAAAUAGUAUAUAUUUUGAAUUGUGAAUCUAUAGAUCUAUGUAAGACUAUCGCUCUCAUGGUGGGGUGGUUUUCCAGUUGAAUGGGGCUUCAGUUGUGAGUUUGUAUCAGAACUUCUAGUUGCUGUUAAGUCACUAUAUUGAGUCCUCUGACAAGAAAUGCCUUGUGGGAUUAACCCCUAAGAAGUCAGCCUACGCUGUUCAAAAUGCUGCUGUUGAAAGUAAAACCAGGAGGGGGCGCACCUGGCCUCUAACAUGUUUUGCAAACACCAUGAAACUCUUCUUGGUAAACUCCAUGAACAUACUAUGAUUAUGUCAGUAUAUAUUUGUUUUCCUCUGUCCAGGUUUCCUUUAUAAUGUUGUAACCUGUUAAAAUGUUAAGUAAUUGAAAUGGAGAAUAAUUUAAUAUUUUGCUACAAUGACUGUCAUUAGAAACGAUUAUUUUUUGUUAAUUAAUUGUACAAUAUAUUUAUGAUUGUGUGUACGCAUACCAUGAUAAACUAAAGUGUUACAACUGGGUGAAUGUCACAAAUUAUUUUAUGGGUCAUAUUUUACCCCACAAUCCAAAGAAGAUAUGAUAUUUUACAUAGAGAAAACAAUAUUCUCAUUACUGCAGUGCAAAAAUACAGAGAUGCAGUAUUUAAACACUUACUUCAUGAUCCAGAAUAUAUAUAUAUAUAUAUAUAUAUAUAUAAAUAUAUAUAUAUUAUUUAUCUUAGAGUAAAAUAUGACUUGGACAAGUUUUUUUUGUGAGAUUCACCCUAAUUGGCCAGAUUUUUCCUUGAAGAUAACACUAAUUAUAUAUA